UGAAAGGGAAUCUCUGAACCAAAGUAGAAUUCAUUGGCCCCCAUUGGUUAGCGGCGGGCCUGAUUUGCAUACGGUGGGAGUGUCCUGAGCCAGAACUGGGAUGAAUGACUUGUUCAAGUCAGAGAGGAAAAAGGCAAAGCACUCAGCAGAGGUCUGCGCUGCUCAGCGUUCAAAAUGCCUGGCUCCGAGACGCCGACGCUCUUCCUGCUGUGAGAAAGUGCUGGAACGGGACAUAAACAUGUUCAUCAGCAGACACCUGAGCCUUAGAGAACGAGGAGGAACCUGGGGACUGUGCAUCCUCCUGCUGUACAUCAGCCCUCUGUCCUGUUUUGCACAUUUCAGCCAAGCAAAGGAGCUCAUCUAUAAGAUAAAAGAGGGAUUACCCAGUGGGACCUUCAUAGGGGCAAUUGGAGUAGACUUACAUUUGGAUUUCACUGUUGAGCCCCCCUUUUUAUUCAAUCUCCCGCAAAAGAAGGUCAGCGAACAGUAUCUGAAGCUCAAUAAUACCACUGGGGAUCUUUAUACAUCUGGCACAGAAAUUGACAGGGAGACCCUGUGUCCUGAUAACCCGGAGGGCCAGGGAUGCGUCCUCUCCCUGGAUGUGUUCAUAUUGCCUCAGGAGCACUUCCAGCUCAUCAAAGUUAAGAUCCUGAUUGAGGAUGUGAACGACAACAGGCCAGAGUUCCCCGUGGAUGUGAUUUUUAUGUCUGUCCCAGAAAACACAGCCAUAAAUUCUCGUUACGCGGUGGAGCAGUCUGCCGUGGACCCGGACCUGGGUCUUUACGGGGUGCAGACCUACUGGCUGGUUAAUGACUUCGGCAUGUUCACGCUGGACGUGGAGGAGAACGAGGGAGGUGAGCUGACACCGUUCCUCAUCGUGACAGACGUUCUGGACCGAGAGACGCACCCUGAAUAUGUCACAGACAUAAUCGCCGAGGACGGAGGGUCCCCUCCUCUUCUCGGCGCGGCUACUUUGAAAAUUGUCAUCACAGAUGUGAACGAUAACUGUCCCCGAUUCUCCGAGUCACACAUUAAUGUCACCGUGCAUGGGAACGCCACCAAAGGGGCACAUUUGGCGCGCGUGCAUGCUUUUGACCCCGACCUUGGUGCUAAUGCUCAGAUCAGCUAUGCUUACAGCGAGCGUGUGCCAAGGGACACCAGGAGCUUGUUCCAUUUGGACAGAAUCACAGGAGUGAUCAAGCUAGCAGGGAAAAUAGACACUGGCACGGCCACAUUUUACAAACUUACCGUUCUCGCUAAUGGACCCAGUUGUAUCCCUGCUGUCACCACGGUCGCCGUCCACGUCAUCAAAGUUGUGAGUGGACCCCCUGCUGUCAUCGCCAGGUACAUUGCGCCAGAGAAGGAUGGCAUGAUAACAAUAAGGGAGUCUGAGCCAGCGUUUUCCCCCAUUGCUUUCUUUACAAUCAAAAACACUGACAUGAAGCAAAGAGUGGACUGUCACUUGGAAGGGACAGGACCCUUCAGGCUCGGCCCCUAUCAGCUGUUCAAGAACGAAUACCUACUGGAGACUACAGAGCCCCUGGACUACGAAAGGACGCACGAGUACGAGCUGAUCGUGGUUGCUAAGAAUGCCCAAGGGCUCGUCAUCAAGACCUUCCUCAAGGUGCAGGUGUUGGAUGAGAACGACAACGCGCCGGUGUUUCAGCAGUCUUUGGUGGAGAUAUCUAUUGAGGAAAACAAUCCCCCGAACACCUUUCUGACCCAGCUCCAAGCCUCCGACCAGGACAGCGAAGGUCGAGGGGAAGUAUUCUAUCUCCUUGGGGGUGAUGCUCCUGGGAUCUUUGUGGUGGAUCGGGUGACGGGCGUCCUGACUGUGAACGUAUCGCUGGACCGCGAGGAGAAAGAGACGUAUCGGUUCAUAGUGAGAGCUCUGGAUCAGGGGACGCCCAGGAGGGAGUCCAUCGCUACUGUGGUGGUGACGGUUCAGGACCGCAACGACAACAGCCCCCGCUUCAUCAACAAGGACUUUACUUUCUUCGUGCCAGAGAACUUCCCGGGCUAUGGUGAGAUCGGGGUCCUGUCAGUGACGGAUGCGGACGCGGGGGAGAACGGCUGGGUGGCGCUGUCCAUCCUCAACGGCAGCGACAUCUUCCUGAUAGACACGGGCCGGGGGGCGCUGCGGGCCAAGACCCCACUGGACCGCGAACAACAGGGAACCUAUCAGCUGUGGAUCGAGGCCAGCGACGGCGGGGAGCCCGCGCUCUCCUGCGUUACCAUGGUGACCGUGCUGCUGUUGGACGUAAAUGACAACCCGCCCAUUGUUCUCUUCCCCCAGUCCAAUCAGUCCUACAUGCUCGUGUUACCCAAUACGCUACCAGGAACCUCCAUCACAGAGGUGUACGCUGUGGAUAAGGACACCGGCAUGAACGCUGUGAUCGCUUACAGCAUCGUCAGGAGGAAAGGCGACGAGCCGGGGUCCUUCGCCAUUGACCCAGAAACAGGGAAUAUCACUCUGAAGAGGGAGCUCAGCAGCCGGGGCCUUUACAGCCUUCUGGUGAAGGUCACGGAUCACGGUCAGCCCGAACCCCUUUACUCAACAGUGAUGGUCAACCUCUUUGUGAAUGAAACAGUGAGUAAUGAGAGCUACAUCCAGAGCCUGCUGACCAGGGAGGCUGACAUCGAGGUGGAGGAGAGGCCCUGGUACGUGGGUCAGAUGACGGAGGGGCCGGAGAGGUACGAGUCCAGCUGUCGGCCCGUCCUCAUCGCGCUGUCGGUGGCCUGUGUGGGGCUGCUGGUCCUGGUCGUCCUGCUGACGUCGUACAUAUGCUGCAAAAGGUUUAGGAAGCACAGGAAGAAAAGGCCGGAAGUGGAGCUCCCGCUGAAAACGAACAAUGACUCAGCGGAGCUCGUGAAUCGGAAGCUUCGGCAGAUCUCAAACAUCUGAUGCUCCAGAAUGCACCAAAAAAACCCGUU